AAAACCAAACAAAAAAAAACUUCUUGUCAGAUUGACUUGGACUUGGAACAUCGUGACAAUUUUCUUAGUUUUAUCAUAAAUAUGGAAGAUCUGAAGAAUGUGUAUAUUAGCCCUUUGCCGGACUCACCAUAUGUAAAGCCAUUUCGCUUUAACUACACACAAAAUGGGAAGGAGAAAACCUGGGACCUGCUGGAAGUUCAUGAUAGCGUUGCGAUCGUAGUCUUCAAUAUUAGUAGGAGGGUGAUGGUUUUUGUCAAACAAUUUCGACCUGCGAUUUACUACAAUUGCAUCAGCCCUGAAGAUAGAAAGAAGACUACAAUAGACACGACUAAGUAUCCAGCAUCUCUGGGGCUAGCACUUGAGAUGUGUGCUGGUAUCAUUGACAAGAAGAAAACUGUAGAGGAAAUAGCAAAAGAGGAAGUUCUGGAAGAAUGUGGAUAUGAUGUACCAUUAGAAAAAUUGCAUAGAAUUACUUCAUACAGGUCUGGUGUCGGUGUACAAGGAGCACUGCAGACAUUCUUCUAUUGUGAAGUAACAGAUGAUAUGAAGACUGAGAAAGGUGGUGGUGUUGAUGAUGAACUGAUAGAAGUGAUAGAGAAGACAAUUCCUGAGAUAGAGGAGAUGGUACAGUCCCCUGGACCCAUCGCCAGCCCACCCAGCUGUCUAUUUGCCCUCAUGUGGUUCCUACACUAUAAGGCAGAGAAAUUUAUUAAAUCUUUUGCUGGUCACUGUACUGAAUGCAAGAUUGGCCUUUUAGCUUCGAAAAACCAGUGACUACAAGAUUGAAUUAGUUCAAGAUGUGUUUUUGUCGAGCAUUUUAUUACUAUGUUAAAAACAGUAAUUUAUU